UGGGUCUGAGGGACACUUCAAGGCUCUGCCUCUCUCCCUAGUACAUAUAUAUACAGGAAAUGUGUCCUGUCCCAGCACUUGUGCACAAGUUAGCAGAACAGAGAAGCAUGGAUCAGAGCAAAACUGUCCUCAUGGAGGUGCCACCGGUGUACUCUGAAUUCCCUUUACCCAGAAUCCCUUGUCUUGGAGGCGUCAAGAAGCUACUGUGCGUAGUGCUGGUUGUAGUUGUCCUGGUGGUGGUCCUUGUUGCUGUCCUCCUGAUGGGUCUGCACAUGAGCCAGAAGCACACAGAGACGAUUUUCCAGAUGUCACUGCAAGAAGGAGCUGACCAUGGUCAGCGGGGGACGGGCGUGGCAACCUUUCACUUGGACACAGGGAUCAAUACCUCAGCUAGUGUUGUGUAUGACUAUAGCAAGCUCUUGAUCUGCACUCGCCCUCGUCCAGGACACGCGUGUUACAUCACAAGGAUGGAUCCCGACAAUGUACCAAGCUUGCAGAGUAUCGCAGAAAAGAUGUUGAGCAAGGUUGCCCCUGAUUCUGCCAGACAAAAAGAGAAUAACAGCAUGGAGCCUGUGAGUGACAUCUCCAUUCUGGGACGAACCAUAAAAGUGCUGUGUGGGGAACUCCCAGUGUACUGGGCUUGAAAUUCAUCAAUGAUGUUGAUAUAGUGUGAAUACUGUUACUGUCUCGUGCACACACCGUGUGACCUCUACCCAGUGUGACCGCUAUAUGUCUGCCCUCCUCAUAUCUGGACAUUUUGUAUCAGUAGACUUCCUGCCAUUCACUGUAUGUUAUUAUACUGGAAGUGUUCUCUAUUAUUUCCAAGCACAAUAAUAAUAAUCUCUCUCUGACACUUCUAUGUCUUCAUUAUUCAGUUUCAGAAACACAUUUCCUGUAAGGCUUACCUGUUACCUGUUAAAGUUGGGAGGAGGAUCUCCUCAAAUUAUAUUUGGUUUAAUCAUUUAACAUUUUUUUUUAUAAAGGACAUUUUUUUCAGCAUGGCAUAGUUUUUUUAUGGUUAUUUUGAGAAACGUUCCAACUUUUUUGAUGGUAUCAGGAAUUUAGUGCAGAGGUUAAAAUAGCCCAUCUGUACAAACAGUCACAUUAAAAGGGACAGUCUAGGCCAAAAUAAACUUUCAUGAUUCAGAUAGAGCAUGUAAUUUUAAACAAUUUUCCAAUUUACUUUUAUCACCAAUUUUGCUUUGUUCUCUUGGUAUUCUUAGUUGAAAGCUUAACCUAGGAGGUUCAUAUGCUAAUUUCUUAGACCUUGAAGGCCACCUCUUUUCAGAAUGCAUUUUAACAGUUUUUCACCACUAGAGGGUGUUAGUUCACGUAUUACAUAUAGAUAACACUGUGCUCGUGCACGUGAAGUUAUCUGGGAGCAGGCACUGAUUGGCUAGACUGCAAGUCUGUCAAAAGAACUGAAAUAAAGGGGCAGUUUGCAGAGGCGUGGAUACAAGAUAAUCACAGAGGUUAAAAGUAUAUUAUUAUAACUGUAUUGGUUAUGAAAACUGGGGAAUGGGUAAUAAAGGGAUUAUCUAUCUUUUAAAACAAUAAAAAUUCUGGUGUAGACUGUCCCUUUAAAGAGACACAAAAUGGUUACUAACUAAUCGACAUAAUGAUUUAUUCAAAUCAAAGAUUAGCCUUAGAAUAAUAUGCAGAUGUAAAUUAAAAUUAUGCAAGUUGUACUGAAGACAUAUGUGUAAAGUUUUAGUCCAUAUAAAGUAAUAGAUGUACGUGUUGUAACCUAGAUAUCCCUUACCUUAUAUAAUCUGCUAAUGCUAAUUAGGGACAUAUAUAAAUGAAUAACUAGAGUAAACAAACAAUGGCUGUUUGGAAUAUAGCAUUGAGAGGCUUGUGAAGUCUGAAAACUGAAUUAUCAUGGAAAUUGGAAAGCUCAUAAUUUUCAGAGUUAAAUUAUAGGAAGGGGCACAAUACAUAAAGAUAGUUUGCCACAAUCUCAGUGUUUAAUAUCCUUUUAAGCCAGGUGCUGACUUGAACAGGAUUCCUGUUUUUACAUCCACAAAAUACAUAUAAUAUUUCCCCUUUAAAGGGACAUAAUACUCAUAUGAUAAAUCACUUGAAAGUGAUGCAGCAUAACUGUAAAAAGCUGACAUGAAAAUAUCACCUGAACAUCUCUAUGUAAAAAAAUGUUUUCAGCUCACCAGAGAAAUUUUCUUCAGCUCACCAGAGAAAGUGCUCUGUGAACAGUAAUAUUUCAGCUGCUGUCCAUCUGCAAGUUGAAAAGAACAGAACAAAACAAUAGCCAUCAGCAGUGCUGAGGUCAUGCUUUGUUUUGCUGUGAUCUCAUGAGAUGUCACUGAACUCUCAUGAGAUUUCAUAGUAAACUUCCUAAAAAUGAAUAGGGAAAUAACAUGACUGUGUCUGCACAUGCCAGAUGCACAAUCUCUUGCAAGUCCAGGACUAGCAUCCUGAUUGUCUGCUUAAAGUCCCUUUACCGUGACUACCUUUUUUACAUAGAGAUGUUCAGGUGAUAUUUUCUAGUCAGCUUUUUACAGCUAUGUUGCAUCACUUUCAAGUGCUUCAAUAUUUUUGUAUCAUGUCCUUUUAAGCUUCAAGCCCAUGUUUCUCCCACUCUUUAUAUUUUAUUUUAUUUCCUUCUUUGUUCAUCAUUUUUAUUACUUGUCCUAAUUCUUCCCUCUAUCCCAUGACAUCAUCGUUCUACAAUCCCACACUAUGUUCCUUUGACCUCAGACAAACUGAGAUAUGAGGAUAUCUGGAUUGGAUUCAAGGUUAAUGUGCUUUUUUCCUUUGCUUUAUAUUUCUGACAGUUAAAGAGAAAUCGGAUUUACUGUAAAAUAAAAUCCUCUGCAUUCA